AUGACAUCUCAAAUUCGGUACGAUAAUCAAGUCGCCGUCGUUACCGGCGCCGGCAACGGCCUAGGAAAGCAGUACGCCAAAUUCUUAGCUUCUCGUGGGGCGAAGGUCGUCGUCAACGAUCUCGGAGGAACCUUCAAUGGUAGCGAUGCCGGGGGACGAGGUGACUCCAGGGUUGCUGAUGUUGUCGUCAAGGAGAUUACAAAUGCUGGUGGCAUGGCUGUGGCCAACUACGACCCUGUUCAAAAUGGCGAGAACAUCAUUAGGACGGCCAUUGAUGCCUUUGGAAGAGUGGACAUACUGAUCAAUAACGCUGGCGUCCUUCGUGACAUAACAUUGAGAAACAUGAAAACCGAGGACUGGGAUAUCAUCAUGGACGUUCACGUUCACGGCGCCAUGAAAACUGCACGGGCGGCAUGGCCUCACAUGCGAAAACAAAGGUACGGCAGAAUCAUCAACACCUCCUCAUCAUCGGGCCUCUUCGGCAAUUUCGGACAGGCAAACUAUGCAGCCGCGAAGAUGGCACUGGUUGGUUUCAACGAAACACUGGCAAAGGAAGGAGCAAAAUACAAUAUCUACUGCAAUGUGCUUGCGCCGUCAGCAGCAAGUCGACUCACGCAAACGGUGUGGACGUCAGACAUGAUGGAAGUCAUGAAGCCCGACUGGGUCGUACCCUUGGUUGGUGUAUUGGUGAGCCAGAAUUGUAAGGAGAGUGGAAGUAUUUUCGAGGCUGCCGCGGGCCACUACAGCAAGAUCAGGUGGGAGCGAAGCAAAGGCUUUCUCGCUCACCCUGAAACCUUGAGCCCGGAUCUGGUUCUGCAGAACUACUCGAAAAUCGUGGACUGGACUGGCGCAGACUAUCCAGAUGGAGCUAUUCGUGCCAAGGCACUUUACGACGAGACCUCCGCUUUGCCAAAGUCGAGCGAUGUCCCUGCUGGUCAAGUCAGCUUCAAGGGUAGGGUUGUACUUGUCACAGGCGGAGGUGCAGGCUUAGGUCGUGCUUACGCCAUCGAAUUUGCCAAGCUAGGAGCACGAGUGGUUGUCAACGAUGUUAAAAAUGCAGACAAAGUUGCUGAUGAGAUCAAGUCGGCGGGUGGUGACGCUCUUGGGCUCACAAUGUCGGUGGAAGAAGGCGAGGCCUUGAUUCGAAAGGUUCUCGACACUUAUGGGCGGAUCGAUGUUCUUGUCAACAAUGCUGGGAUCCUUCGUGACAAAGCUUUCGUGAAUAUGACUGACGCGGAAUGGUUGGCGGUGAUGAGCAUCCAUCUACGCUCAGCCUUUCUUCUCACAAGGGCGGCCUGGCCUCAUAUGACGAAGCAAAGGUUCGGACGUAUAGUGAACAUCACCAGUACAUCCGGCAUAUAUGGCAACUUUGGGCAAGCAAAUUAUGCAGCCGCGAAAUGCGGCCUUAUCGGCUUCACGAAGACGACGGCUCGAGAAGGUGCCAAAUACAAUAUCGUGGUCAAUGCCGUGGCUCCCUCUGCUGGCACGAACAUGACCCGCACAGUUUGGGCAGAAGAGGAUGUUAAGGCCGUGAAGCCCGACUACGUUGCACCACUUGUCGCCGCGCUUUGCAGCGAGAAGCCGCCAAGUAUGGGGCAGCUAUAUGAAGCCGGCAGUGGCUGGUUUGCCGCAACAAGGUGGCAAAGAGCCAGAGGCGUGGAAUUCCCUGUCGACCAGGACAUUCCCACUGUGGAAAAGCUGGCCGAGGCAUUCCCCGAGAUCUGUAACUUCGACAAUGGAAAAGCCGACAACCCUGAUACACCGCAGGAUGGAGGUCGGUGGUCGAUGGAGAACAUUCUUAGGAACCCAAAGAUUAGCCUGUCUCAAGAAGAUCGCGCAAACAGGAAGUACAUCACUAAGAUCCAAAAUGCUAUCUCCAUGAAACCAACGCCAACGACCUAUACCUAUUCCGACCGAGAUGUGAUUCUUUACAACUUGUCCCUUGGUGCCCGUUGUACACAGCUCGACCUGGUUUACGAGAACUCCAACAAUUUUCAAGCUCUCCCGACCUUUGGCAUCGUCCCAAAUUAUCACUCCACUGUUCCCUGGCAAACUAAGGACAUCAUUCCCAACUAUGACCAGAGAAUGCUCCUGCAUGGGGAACAGUAUCUCGAAAUCAAACAAUUCCCAUUCCGACAUCAGGGAAACGCUGCACUCGUCAGGCGCGGUAGCACGACGUUCGAUGGUGCCGGGAAGCCACUCUUCUACACCGAAUCCCUCGCCUUCAUCCGUGGCUCUGGUGGUUUUGGCGGCCAGAAGAAGCCUUCUGAUCGAGGCGCCGCUACUGCUCCGAACGACCCGCCUACUCGUGCACCAGAUCACGUUGUCGAAGAAAAGACGUCAGAAGACAUUGCAGCACUGUAUCGGCUCAUGGGCGAUAAGAACCCUCUCCAUAUCGACCCAAAGUUCUCGUCGGUAGGCGGCUUCAAAGUACCCAUCUUGCAUGGUCUGGCCACUUUUGGCAUUACUGGAAAGCACGUCUUUGAGACUUAUGGUCCGUUCAAGAACAUCAAGGUGAGGUUCAGUGGAACAGUCUUGCCAGGCCAGACCAUUGUGACGGAGAUGUGGAAGGAGGGAAGGAAGGUGAUCUACAGAGCAAAGGUGAAGGAGACUGGGAAAGGUUGCAUCAGCAAUGCAGCUGUGGAACUGUUGGGAGCAAAGUCAACGUUGUAG